AUGAUUAUUUUAAAACGUCAAAAAGAAAAAGCCCUACAAAUGAUUGGGAACGAUUCUGAAGGAGACGACAAUUCUGAAGAUUUUGAAGACGAUGAUUCUGAAGACGAUGAUGAUUCUGAAGAAGACGAUUUUAAAGACAAUAAUUUUAAAGAAGAUGACAACGAUUCUGAAGAUUUUGAAGACGAUGAUGAUAUAAUCCAGUAUUUCUAG